ACUGAAAAACCAGUCCUCCGUGAAUUUCCGCCGGGUUCCCUGCACGCUAGAGUUCCUACCUGUAAUCUCGCUGUACCAGAAUCAGUGAAGGACAAUGUGCCUCUCCGUUCGCCGUCUACCUGAGAUACCCGUACCACCUUGUUGUUGUUGUUAACACACACAUUCACCUCCGGCCGAGAGAGGACGGAACCUCAUCCGCUACAAGGAUGAAGGGAACGCGAGUGCUGUCCCUGCUCCUUUGGCUGUGUCUGAUGUACUUCGUGGGCAUCUACCUGUUCGUGGGCGGCUUCUUGCUGGUGAGGAUGGAGGUGAACAGGACCAGCACCUGCGGGGACAUACUCGAGCCUGGGGAUGGGUCUGGGGACUUCUGCGGCUCCCAGCCGCGUUUCCGCAGGGCUGUCCUCAUCAUCAUCGACGCCCUAAAGAUCGACUUCGCCCGGUUUGACCCCAGUAACACGGCGCCGCGACCUUAUGAGAACAAGAUACCUGUGCUGGAGGAGACCCUCUCUUCUAGGCCUCUCCAAAGCCGUUUGUACACCUUCCGAGCAGACCCACCCACCACCACAAUGCAGAGAAUCAAGGGCUUCACCACCGGAUCCUUGCCGACCUUUGUGGAUGUGGGAAAUAACUUUGCAUCCAGCGCAAUCUUGGAGGACAAUCUUAUCCAACAGUUUGGGAAAACUGGCAAACGAGUGGUGUUCAUGGGCGAUGACACUUGGGAGAGUCUGUUUCCCAAGAAGUUCCACCGCUCCCUGCCUUUUCCUUCUUUCAAUGUCAAGGAUCUGCACACAGUGGACAACGGGAUACUGCAGCACCUCUACACAACUAUGAUGGGUGACGACUGGGAUGUCCUGGUUGCCCAUUUUCUCGGGGUAGAUCACUGUGGUCACAGGUUUGGCCCUGACCACCCAGCCAUGGCUGAUAAGCUCACCCAGAUGGACAGUGUCAUCAGGUCUGUGAUCGACCGCCUGCAGAAUGACACCCUCUUGGUGUUGAUGGGAGAUCACGGGAUGACCGACACUGGAGAUCACGGAGGGGAAAGUCAGAAGGAGACUGAUGCUACCCUCUUUCUUUACAGUCCUUCCCCUAUCUUCCCAGCACCACUGUCUCAGACGGAACCAGAUGUGGUUCCACAGACUGACCUGGUGCCCACCCUGGCUCUGCUGCUGGGGGUUCCCAUCCCCUACAGCAGUGUGGGGCAGGUCCUCCUCCCAUUAUUCUCUCCACAUGGGCAGACAGGAAGUGCAGUUGGGGGUCUCAGCCAGCUGGAGGCGCUGUGGAUCAAUGCAAAACAGGUUAACCGUUUCCUGGAGACAUACUCCAGCAUGGCCAAAGAUAUCCCACCAGAAAGCCUCUCCCAGCUGCAGCAGGAAUUUUCCCGCCUGUCCUCUGAGUACCUCCUCACAGCUAGAGAGAGCCGAUUGCCCUCCUCUCACCUGGUCUCUGCUCUGCAGGCCUACCUCACCUCCGUCAGAGACAUCUGCCGAGCCACCUGGGCUCGAUUCAAUCCGGUCAAGAUGGCGGCAGGUUUAGUCCUCCUGGCGUCUGUCUGCCUCGUGUGUUUCUUGAUGUCAGAACUCUCCCCGGCACUGAUGAGGGAAAAAACUGCUGGACUGCUGGCUCCGCUUGUUGUUGCGCUCGCUGUGGGGGCUUGUGCUGCAGCUGCCCAGCUGCUCACACGGGGCUACGUGGAGACAGCAUGGUGCCUAGCGGCUGGUGCCUUCAGCUCUGAAAUUCUCUUUUUCUGGAGAGUGUGUAGACUCAGCCCCCCCGCCGUGACAAAGAACGGAGCUAAAGCCUCUAAGCUCUCCAGGUGGCUGGUCCUGCGUCGCCUCCUCACUCCUCCUCUCAUGGUGCCGCUCCUCCGAUGUGCCUCCCUGCUCUCAGACAGUUACGUGAUUGCUGAAGGCCGUGUCAUAACCUUUCUAGUGCUCUCUCUGGUCAUCUACAUUCCUAUUCAUCUCAACUGGAAUGGCUUACUUCUGCCCCCAAGUCCCGAUCCUCUGAAGUCUGCUGGGCUGCUGCCGUCCCCAGCCUUGUCACCAUCAAUAGUGAGGAAAGAGAGUGGGAUCCUCUUAGCUUGCCUUGGAGUUCUCAUUGGCAGCAUGUACCUCUCCCUCUCCUUCCAUGGGUGCAGAGAAGAGCAGGGCUUUUGCCAGCCGUCGCCGUUCCUGUCUCCUCUGUCACGGUUGCAGGACAGCCAGCUGAAGAAUCUGUACUACAUCCUCUCUGUCAUCUCUCUCGGUGUGUUUGCGUAUCUGCUGAGACACUGCCUGUGCCACUAUGGUAAUCUGAACUCCUCGGGUGGCGCGGUGUUCACGGCUCGCUGGAUCCUUCCCCUGCUCUCGGUUUGCCUGGCACUCCACUGGGCGGUUAGCGCCACUCCAGAGGACAGCUUUAGGAAGCUGUCCGAGCUGAUCCGGCUGGCCCAGCUGGCCCUGCCGAGGGCGGCCUUCUGUCUCCUGGGACUCGGGCUGUGUCUCAUCUGGCUUGACCCUCUUACUGUGUUUGUGAAGGCCCGGGCUACUUCUUCAUCCAGAAGUUCAGCCCCUGCUCUGCCUCGCUACAGAGCGAGCACUGGCAUCAGCCCCCAAGCUGAGCUGCGCCACCUGAUCCCUCAGAUUUACCAUCGCAUGCGACGUUCCCUGGAAGAUGGAGAGCUCAGCGGAGGCAUUGAGGCAGACAACAGGCCCACUGUGGAGGCCUACGGACUGGGAACCGUCUACUCUGCCCCUGUGCUGCUGUUCUGGGGAAUGCUGGGAGUUGGACUAUUGCUGUUGCACCCAGAGGGCAUGGCUCUGUCUUUCCUCCUGCUUCUGCUAGAAAUGGGCGCUCUGCUGCACAUUCACGCCUCCUCCGUAAAUCUUAGUGGUGCACACGGAGCUUCUACGGGUGGUUUUACCGUGCCCUGGGCUCCAAUAGUGGUCUGGUCUCUCGCUGCUACCCAGUUCUUCCAUGCCACCGGUCACCUACCCACCUUUCCCUCCAUCCAGUGGGGUGCUGCCUUUGUGGGGUUUCCUGAUGGACACACAGGCACCUUUUUACCUGCAUUGCUGGUUUCCCUCAACACCUUUGCUUCACACAUCCUAUUUGCAGUGGGGUGUCCAUUGCUGCUGCUGUGGCCCUUGGUGCGUGAGGUGCGUGGGAGCAGAGGUGGGAGAGCUUGUGGGGAAGAAGGUGAGGAUGCCGUCAUGGAGAUGAGACUGAGAGAAAACCCAGAGCAGUUCAGCUCCGCUCUUCUGCAGCUGUCGGCACGCUACCUCUUCAUCCAUGGAGUGCAGGUCUUUUCUUCAGUCUGUGCUGCUGCUAUUCUCCGGAGACACCUAAUGGUGUGGAAGGUUUUUGCACCCAAGUUGAUGUUUGAAGCGUUGGGGUUCCUGGUAAGCAGCACCGUCCUGCUGAUUGGAGUCACGUUAGUGCUGAGAGUGGACAUGGCGGUGAGCCGCUGGUUUAAAAGACUCAUCCCAGAUGCAGCCAGGUAGCGACGGUGCUACCGCUGGAAUCCACCAGAGCUCACUGUGCCAGGCAAACAAAAAAACAGACGUGUGUGACUGGGGCCCUUUUUACAAAAGGAGAAACGAUAAAACAGGAUUGCCAUGGAUCAUGAGGAUCCUCAAGCUUCUUGAGGGUCUCUGAAGGGCUUCAGAACAAGUGCUGAGGCCUUUGAUUAAGAGUUUUGGAUUAAACUGUCUCAUAAAAAGUGAGCCAAGCCUUUUCAAGGCCAGCGUUGCAUGAGUUAUGUGUGGUUGAGUAAACGGCUUUUAACGAAUAUCUUCUGUUCUUUUCUAACUUAUGAAAUUCUUACCCAAGCCAAUUGGUUUUGCAUGUAGCUAACUGUGCAAAAGUCAGAACACUUCUAGGGUAAGCUGUGCCAGUCUUGGAAAUGCCCGAUACAGACGUACUUGUUACAAUUUAAAAAUUUCCUUUAAAGUCAAAUUGGUCACAUUUUCCAUGUUUAAGCAGUUUUCCCAUUUUACAAUUGAGGCAUAUGAUCAACACACCAAUGGAGAACGCGUUUAUAAUUGAUUUAGCCCAUUUCCUCAUUAAUGAGGAGGUGGAAAAGCUUCCCGAUCAGUUUUCCAGCAGGUUUUCUCCCUUUGAUGAAACUCAUCCAAGUGCUUUACAGCCUGACUGGUGCACGUCUGCAGGGUGAGCGACGAUUCGGGGUACUGCCAAUUCUUGUAACCUCAUGAAUGAACUGACAUUGUUGCUGGUUUCAAUUUGUUUAUUUUUGUAGGGUUUGAUUUUUAACUUAAAUAUGUGUUAAUUAUGUAUUCUAAUCGCUGCUGGGUUUUUCCUUUUAUUUAAAAUCAUCAGACUGUUGCAAACAACUUUUCUCUGGAACAUGUGCCUGACUUGGACUUUUUUUGGGGGGAUAGUGGGGGGAGGGUGUUUGCGGAAGCGUUGGCAAGCUGAUGGUGGAAUUACGUCCAGGAUCUGAUUAAAUGCAUUCACCUGAUUUAUUAAUGCAGGGCGUUCCAGUCAGUCUGGUGAAAUAAUAUUUCUGCACUGCAGCUGUGGUCAGCAGCCUAGGCUCAUUAGCUAAUGCACAAUACUGACAGGUGGCUGUUGUAAAGCCCGGGUUAAGAUUCCCCAGGCUGCUGUGUCCAGGUGAUGAUGAGGAUGCUUUGACCUGGUGGUGUGAUGAUGGAACCUAUUUGUUUUUAAAAUGUUUUACACAUAACUGAAUAAUAAAUUAAGGUUUGUACAUCCUGAAAAAACUAAUAAAUCUUUUCUAUAUUUGG